UGCAUUGGCAGUCCUCCCCUGCUCACUGGGAGAGCGCAGCGCCUGCAUAGAUCUCUCCAUUUUACUCGAACUCCAAGCUUAUCCGCUGCAUGACCCUGCAUACCUCAGCCGCCGUACUGACGCUUGCUGUUUGGUUCUGGCUACUCGUUGCACGUAGCCAUCGCCCGAAUAGUUGUCGGGGGUGAAUAAAGAAAGUUGAGGUGUGCUCUGGAAAGUUUUGGCAUGAUGAGCACGCGAACGAUCAACCUGGAUACCUACAGCCUGUCACUGCUCACGGCUAAAGAAGACAUCAUCAACCCACGUUCGUCCAUUAACUGGGCACUGUUCGUCUACGAUGGAAUCAGCAACAAGCUCCGACUGGCUGACUCAGGGGCUGGUGGCGUGUCAGAGCUGGCAUCCAAGUUCCACAUCUCCCAACCCCAGUAUGGACUCUGCAGAUUGGGGAGCCCAGAGAGUGGAAGUCCCAGAUCCGCCAUGAUUAUCUGGAUGGGUCAAGAAGUGGACGACUACAGAAGGACAGAAUGUGCCAGCCACAUCCCGGCAAUCAAAAACUUUUUCAAGGAAGUGCAUGUGUUUCUCAAAGCAGAGAAGGCUGAGGAGGUCACAGAAGAGAGGAUCAGGGCUGAGCUCAGUAAGGCCCAAACUAAUGCUUCAACACAGUGGCUGAGGAGAAGCUCGCAAUCAUCACUGGACAGAAAAGAUGUUGUGGGCACAAAUUACAGAAAAACUAAUGCUGCCAUGGAGAUGCGACUAGCAAACAGGGAUUCCUUUUGGGCACGAGCAGAGCGUGAAGAAGAGGAGAGAAAAGAGGAAGAGAGGAGGAGGGCAGCAGACGAAAGACGGAGACUGGAGAGAGAAAGAGCAUUGAAAGAAAAACAAGAUGCAGAGGAGAGAGAUAGAAAAAUGAAUGAGAAGCUAAAGAUGAUAGAAGAGCAGAGAAGGAAAGCAGCGGAGCAAGAAGAAGAGGAACGCAGAAAAGAGAAAUUAAAAUGGGAGCAGCAGCAGAGGGAGCACGAGGAGGAGAUGAGAGCGCGCCUCAAAAGAAGUGAAUCGAUUGAGAAAGCAGCAGAGGCCGCAGCGUUAGUGUCCCAACGUACCAUGAACCCUCGAGAAUUCUUCAGACAGCUCUCUUCAUCUUCGUCACAGAGUCCCACCAGUCCCUCUCGCUCUGGUAAACCGUUCAGGCGUUACCAGCGCAGUUUGACAGACACAGCUUUCAUCUUCUCCAAAGCUGAAGAGAGCACUGCCUCCUCCCCUCGUAGUUCUCCUCUAGUGUCCCCCUUCUCCAGAGCUCCCCCCUCAUUCAACCGGGCCACAUCUCCACCCACAAGUCCAGUAUUUCACCCAUCCACCUCUCCACAAAGAACCACCCUAUCCCCUCCCCUAUCGCCCCUGCGUCCUGCCCCACCAUCCUCUGCCCUGCCCAGUGUCCCAUUAGCUAACAUUCAGGUGAGGGGGAGGCCGCGGUCACCCUCAGAGCCCUCUGCUCCUCCAGCCUCCCCAACAUUAAUAUCCACUGUGGGGCCUUCUUCAGACGAGGCUGUACCAGGAUCACCACCGAAUGUCACAGAGCAAAAUACUUUCAGUUUUGAAUCAAGUACAACCCCGCCAGCACCAAGGGCUUCACUACCAGACCAACCAAUAUCAGCUGCUGAGCUGGCCUCAGAAAUCAGCUACAAAGUACAGACUGUUCUUGUAGAAGAGGAUGAAGAGGAAGAGGAAGAUGUGAAGGAGAAAGAGGACACUCAACCCAAAAGAGAACCACAGCCCGAUCCAGAAGAGCCUGUGGGGGGAAAUGAGACCCGAACACAACUAGAACAAGCGGAGACUAUUGAGGAAGAAGAGGUCAAAGAGGAGAAAGCUGAACCUCAAAACCCCACAAAACCAGAGGAGACUUCAGCAGAGGAGGAGCAGGUCCAGACAGAGGAGGAAGAAAACACUGAGACUGAGGUGAAGGAAGCAGAAGAACAGACAGAGCAGAUUAUGGAGAAGGAACUUGUCCAUGUAACAUCAGAGGAGCAAGAGAUCGAGGACAUGGUUACUGAAGAGGUGUCUGACCAGUCAGAAUCGAAUGAACCUGCUUUGCUUACACAACAUAAGGACAGUUCAGAGAUCAUAGAACCCAUAUCUGAGGAGAGCCUCGAAAUCAAAUGUGUGACACCAGAUCUGGGAAUAGAUGUGAUCACAAACGGAAACUCACGGGAGCACAACGGAACAGAUCACUCUUUAAGUCCAUCUGAUCCUGAGCUGGACAGUCCUGAGCUGGCAGUGUACUGUAAUGUGCAGGAGGAGGAUGAUGAUGAUGAUGAAGAUGAUGUUUGCAUCCAAAAAUAUAUCACGGUGUCAGAGAAUGGAGAAGAGGUUUUAGCCGAGCCACAAAUGUGUGUCCGAGCAUUGUACGACUAUCAAGCAGAGGACGAAUCAGAGCUCUCCUUUGAACUGGGUGACAUCAUUAGGGAUGUGGAGGCUGUGGACAAAGGUUGGUGGAGAGGCUGGAGCCAAGAUGGCCGUCAAGGCUUGUUCCCAGCCAAUUACGUCGAAACCAUAUCACCACAAUGAUUCUGCGACACGCCCGUGUAUAGACGCUCAGGAAAUUGCUCUUAUACUCUCAGUAAAACUACUUUCUGUUGCGUGAAACUUUCAAUAUUGUUUUAUCUUAGCGUGAAGCCAGCCUCAUUUGUUUUGUAUAAGACCUUUUCCUUGUGAACCAAAAUAACUUAUUGUUGCGAUACACUCAAAAUGAUAGAGAGGGGGAACAAACGGAUGACAAAUGAUCACAAACUUGUUUUUUUUUUUUCCAUAACCAUUUUUUCACAUAACAAGCAUUACUUCCUACUCCCAAUUUUCUGUGUGUAUUUUAUAUAUAAAUUACUGCUCUCUUGGUUGGUAUGCCUAAUCACAUAUUGGAUGUCAUCUUAUUACCCUGAGACAUUUUGUAGAACUAUAUUUGUUUACGACUUUUUAAUUUACCCACAACAUCACAUAAAGAAGCACUGUGCUGUUUUUGUAUGUGUCUCUUUACAAUGGAGUGCCUUUUUCAUUAUACUCUUUCAUUACCACAUUAAUUUGCCUUGCCUUGUACAUUCAAUUCACUAAGCUCUGUAUUAUCCUAUUAAACUACAUUGUAUAUAAGAAUGUAUAGAAACACACAAGCUUACUUAUACUAUUCCACUCUUGAAUGUCUUUCUAAAGCUCCAGAUGUACUGCACCUGAUAAUACUUUUAUUAAAAGUUUGUCUACUGUA